UGAUUUACUUGGGUAAUUAAAAUUAAAUCUAUCAAAACACAAAAUUACAUUUUUAUGUCGUCUACAUUUAAUUAAUUAUUUAAAUAAAGAGAAAAUUUUAGCUGAAAUGGGUACUAUAUCAAGCAAAGACACAAGACGUAUUAGUUUUAAUAAUACAUUUACUAUGAACACUGCUUUAAAUAUUCCAAAACCUAUGGAGGACGAAGACGAAUUAAGCGAUUUGGAAGUGCAAUCAUCUACUGAGUUAGCGCUUAGAGAUCGCAAUAAUUGUAUUAAAUUGCAAGAUGAGGAACAGGAUUAUUGGUCUCACAGAAUUGACUAUUUAAAAAAUGAGCAUCAAAUUAUUAAUAAAAUUGUUGAAACAGAAUAUCAAAAAACUAUUGAAAAAACCAGACAAUUGUUUAACAUACCUAAAGUAACUGAAGGUAAAAUUAAUAGAAUAAAAAAAUGCUCUACUUGGCGCGAUAAGAUGUUGAAGUGCUAUGAAGAUUACCCUCACCAACCCUUAAUGUGUUCAUCUAUUGUUCAGGCAUUCAGCAACUGUGUAGCCUCGUGUCGUCUUGAGGACUAAACAAAAUUGAAAUUGAAACUUUUAACAUUUUAUUUAAAAUUUUUGAUAUGGUAUAUUAAAAAUGACACAUUUUGUAUUUUAUUGGUGUAAUAAAUAGUAUCAGGAAGUUGUGGCAUAUUAAAACAACAAAUUGUUUAUAAAAAAAUAUUAAAAAUGUAUAGAAUUAAAGUUGCACUUGAAUUUAGUGAAUUGUGUUAAAUUUCAUUAAUAAAUUAUUAAAGAAGAAAAAAAAGCUGAAGUGGAGCCGAUUUUCUUAGACCAGACCAUAUAACACGUUUAUUUAUUUAUUUUUAUUAGGUAUUAUUAAACAACAUCCGCUAUUAAGGAGUAAAGAAUAAAAUUUUUGAUUGAAUAAGAAUUUAAAGUAGCGCGGUAAAGAAAUCAAGGCAGAAAACCUCUAUUGUUUUUUAAUUUAGUUAAAGUUGUAAACAAAUAUAUUUUAUUUAUUCAGA